CAGUCACAUCAAGAGCGUGAAGCCCUCACUGUGGAUUACAGAUCAAUAGAAACAAAGUCAUUGCUAGAACACUGGCUUUUCCCACAGCAGUUUGUGGAAGAUUACCUUGUUACAUAACGAGGCAGUAAAGGCCGAGACCCUGAGCGCUGCCGAACGCUGCUUUUCGAGCUACUUCCUAUUUUGUGAUGUUUUGCAUGAGAGCGUAAGAGGCUUAUUUUUGGACUUCCUGCUCAGAUACUGAGUGAAUUUAAAUUCAGCCUUUUUUGUUUAUUUGUCUGACUCGCGUCUGGUGACAUCGUUUGGAUACUCGCUUGUGUGGACGCAAGUUUUAAUUGGCAGAAUAAAUCAGAGUAAGGGAGCGGACCAUGGAUGGGAGCUCAUUAUCUUCUCUGUCAGAAGAGGAAUCUUCAACCAAGCAGCAUUCCCUCCCCGAGGACGCAAACGAACAGAGGACUUCAAUUGACUCAGGACAGGUGGAGGAUUUGGCCCAGGGUGAGAGGCUCCUGUCGGGGGAGGAGCAGCUGACCCUCAUCACAGAGAGCAUGUCCGUCACCUCUGCAGACGAGGAGAAGCUUCAGCUUCUCAACAAAAACACAGAGCUCCGCAGACUCAACAAGGAGCUGAUGAAACUAAAUGAGGACUGGGACCACAUCUACCGCAGCACCAGCGCAGGCCUACAGCAGCGGGUGGCUGCUCUAGAGCAGGAAAACUCAGCCCUCAAGCAGCUGAACAACAGACUCCUGCUCAAAGUAGAGCAUGAACAGAAUAAAAGUGAGUAUUAUGAACACACCUUGAUGCAGGAGCUAAAGAAGAAUCAGCAUCUUCAAGAGUACAUCCGCCUCCUGGAGAGCCGUCUGCACCGCACCGACACGCUGAAAGACUGGGCCUUGGGGACGCAGAAUUCAUCAGCAGUUAUCACACCUCCGGAGGCUCAUCACCUGGAGCGAACCUCUAAGCCCCCCACGGGCUUAGUGUCCACCCCGGGGCUCCCCACCUCCACAGGCCCGCUUUCAGAGUCCCGCCAGAGGAACAGGUCCGGCCGAGAGGUCCCCGAAAACCACAGCAGACAGACCAGUGCCUUCAAAGAGGUGCAGGACCUAAAAGAGCAGCUGGAGGCCUUGAGGUGUCAGACUAAAAUCUACGAGGCUGACUACAAGACAGAGCACAAGGACCAUGAACGCAUGCUCCAGGAGAACAAGAGGCUACGGCGGCGAGAGGGAGAGAUGCGCCAGCAGAUGGUGCUGUUGCAAGAGCAGCUGAAGGUGUACGAAGAUGACUUUCAGAAAGAGCGCUCAGAUAAGCAGCUGCUGCAGAGGCUCCUCCUGAAGAAAGCUCCAGGUGGGAAGGACCCCGUGCUGGUGCACCGCUGCAACAACGACCAGGAGAAACCUCACGGGGAGAGGAGGAAGGGACGAGACGAGCAGAGAGGAGCUUACGUGUGCCCCAAACACUGUGAACGUCACGGACAGCUUUAGUCGCCCACAGGAAUAUAAUGGAAUCUCAGUAGAAGCUACACAUUAAACAUCUUACUGCCUUUAUAAACAUUCAACUGUAUUUAUUUGACACUUUAGCUUAUGUUUUACACCUUUUUCUUGCACUUCUUCUUCUUUUUCGUGUACCUUUUGUACCCAAACAGACAUGCACAGGCAUUUUUGUUUGAUUAAAAAAAAGAAAUGUAAUUGAAUCUGAAUAAAAGCUAUUUUUGUACACUAUAAAA